GAGACUUUCUGAACCAGCCCUGUAUAGUAUAGUCUAUUGUCAGUUGACACUUAAAAAUAUUUACCUAUUUAUAUUUUAUACACAUCAAUUUACAAUGAACCGAAACCUUGAUAAUGUAACUAAUAGAGGAGUUACAACCAACAUAGAAACAGAUACUUCUUUAAGUGAAAGCUACGACAAAAAAGAAAAUAAACACCCUAAACGAACAUUUAGUUGGGUGAAAAAGGAUUUAGAAGCAGUCAUAGACCUGAUGGGACCUGAUACCCCUCAAUUUAGCCAAUCAGUUAAUAUAAAUAAUGAUCAUAAAACCACUGAUUGUUCAGUUAUGCAAAAAGAAGAAAAUUCAUUGAUUUCUACCCAUGAUGAUUCUCAGAACCAGACCACCUGCACUGAAACCUUACCAAGAGAUGACCAGUCAUCAUGGCAAGCAGAGCCAGCCACCACUGAUUAUUCAGUUAUGUUACCCCCUUGCCCACCCCCAAUUUACGCAAAUCAACGUGAACAUGCUUGUUUUUGUCCUGAAGAAACUCGAAUUGGCAAUAGACCAGUGAAAUUAGCUUACCCAAGAGCGCACUCUCCCAUACCGCAACGUAAUAAAAAUGCAAAAAAUAGAAAAAACAAAAGGCGUAAAAUUUUUACGUGGCUGCAAUCAGUUAUGGGUGGAAAUAUCCAGGAGGAAAUUGAAUCUCAACAGAGCGAUCAUUACAAAAUUAACGCUGAAAAGUCGACAAUGGAUAAAGUACCACCAAAAAGAUUAGUAUUUGAACUUGUGGACAAAUCGCAAAAGAAAAAGAAACCCAUAAUAAUACAGUGCAAUAACCCUGCGUGUAAAAGAAUGGCCCCUGAAAAAUACAAGGAUUUCAAAAACAGUCAAAACAACGAAAAAAUGAUGAUACGAGAAGUUUAUCAAAAUGACGACAUAGAUAUUGAACCUUUUUUCGAGAAUAAUACUUUUGGGCAAUCGCCCAAAAAAGCGACUUUGUUGGACAACAACGGAACCACCAGAGUGGAUGUGUAUUAUUUUGACCAUGGAGACUCGAAAUUCUUGCAAACAGUUGAUAGAACCCCGCUGGCUGUAUCCGAAUUAUUGGCCGAAAAAACGGAAAAUUACACAACAAAAUUUUGGGCCGAAGUAUUCGGCACUGUACACAUCGGUUUUUCAUUUUGCACGUCGUUUAUACUGCAAUUUUUCAGAUUUCUUACCGUGAGCCUUUUGAGGCCUUUAACUGUGGGUCUGCUGCAAUUGAGUUCGGAUUAUUUUUUGAAACCGUUUUUGGCGACUUUUUUUAACGCUCUUAUACAACCACCGCUGGUUUUUCUAUUUAACAUAGCAACUUCCAUAAGGGACGUAUUAAAACCUUUGGCGGAAGGAAUGGGUUUCUUUAUAAGGGAGUUUUCCGUAUUUGUGGGAUCCUUAAGGUUUGUGGAAGUCAAGAAAAACGAUAUAUGCGAAAUUGAGGAGUCUGUGCGGGGUUGUAAGCAUCAAAAGUGUGAUCCUAGAGUGUAACUUUAAGAUAACAAUUUUUUUUGUAAAUUAUGCCGGAAAAACAGAAAAAAAACAAGAAAAACAAACAGGACAAUGAGGACGAAGAGGGUGAAGAAAAAAAAAAAUUACCAUGAGUUUUGCAUACCACAUUGGGAAUACGUCGAAGCCCCAAAACCAGCAUGUUUCACUCGAUUGGAAAUAUUGGCCAGGCCAAACAAAAAUUUAUUAAUGAACACUUUUAUGCAGUAUAGGGAUAGGUUUCCGCAAUGCAGGGUGGAAAAGAUGAAAAUUAUGCUUCAAGAACUAUGUGCCAUGACUCCAGAGUAAGUUAGUUUGUGCACAAUGCGCAUGAAUGAAUAUUUAAUUUUUAUUUUUCUUUAAAAUUAAAAAAAAAUAUUUUCAUUAGAAGUUUUCAUACAUUUUAUUCAAUGAUAUUAUCAUAUGAAAAUCGUGUUUUUCAUAUAUUUACUUAUUUUCGGGCAAAAAUGUUGCGGGAGAACAUAAAAAAAUCGCG